CGUGCCGGCCGGCUGCCCAGGCGGCCGCCCCCGCCCCCUCGGCGUCCGUCUCCCGCCCCCGGCUUCGCCUCCUCUGCCGCCGCCGCCGACGCCGCCGCAGCCGCUACUGCCGCUGCCGCCGCUUCUCGCGGCCUGGGCCUCUCGCCAUCAGCAUGCCACACGCCUUCAAGCCCGGGGACUUGGUGUUUGCUAAGAUGAAGGGCUACCCGCACUGGCCAGCCCGGAUCGAUGACAUCGCCGACGGCGCCGUGAAGCCCCCACCCAACAAGUACCCCAUCUUUUUCUUUGGCACACACGAAACAGCCUUCCUUGGACCCAAGGACCUGUUCCCCUACGACAAGUGUAAAGACAAGUACGGGAAACCCAACAAGAGGAAAGGCUUCAACGAAGGGCUGUGGGAGAUCCAGAACAACCCGCACGCCAGCUACAGUGCCCCUGCGCCAGUGAGCUCCUCUGACAGCGAGGCCCCCGAGGCUAACCCCGCCGGCGGGAGUGACGCUGAUGAGGACGAUGAGGACCGGGGGGUCAUGGCUGUCACAACGGUGACCGCCACAGCUGCCAGCGACAGGAUGGAGAGCGACUCGGACUCAGAUAAGAGCAGCGACAAUAGUGGCCUGAAGAGGAAGACGCUGGCGCUAAAGAUGUCGGUGUCAAAACGGGCCCGAAAGGCCUCCAGUGACCUGGAUCAGGCCAGUGUGUCCCCCUCCGAAGAGGAGAAUUCGGAAAGCUCAUCUGAGUCAGAGAAGACCAGCGACCAGGACUUCACACCUGAGAAGAAAGCGGUGGUCCGGGCGCCUCGGAGGGGCCCCCUUGGGGGACGGAAAAAAAAGAAGGCGCCGUCAGCCUCCGACUCCGACUCCAAGGCAGAUUCGGACAGGGCCAAGCCUGAGCCGGUGGCGGUGGCGCGGUCAGCGUCCUCCUCCUCCUCCUCCUCCUCCUCCUCCGACUCGGAGGUGUCCGUGAAGAAGCCUCCGAGGGGCAGGAAGCCAGCCGAGAAGCCUCCCCCAAAACUCCGAGGGCGGAAACCGAAGCCUGAACGGCCUCCGUCCAGCUCCAGCAGCAACAGUGACAGCGACGAGGUUGACCGCAUCAGUGAGUGGAAGCGGCGGGACGAGGCGCGGCGACGUGAGCUGGAGGCCCGGCGGCGGCGGGAGCAGGAGGAGGAGCUGCGGCGGCUGCGGGAGCAGGAGAAGGAGGAGAAGGAGCGGAGGCUGGAGCGGGCCGAGCGCGGGGAGGCUGAGCGGGGCAGCGGCGGCGGCAGCAGCGGCGACGAGCUCAGGGAUGACGAUGAGCCCGUCAAGAAGCGGGGACGCAAGGGCCGGGGCCGAGGACCCCCAUCCUCGUCCGACUCCGAGCCUGAGGCCGAGCUGGAGAGAGAGGCCAAGAAAUCAGCCAAGAAGCUACAGUCCCCAAGCACAGAGCCCACCAGGAAACCUGGCCAGAAGGAGAAGAGAGCACGGCCCGAGGAGAAACCACGAGCCAAGCCCGUGAAGGUGGAGCGGACCCGGAAGCGGUCCGAGGGCUUCUCACUGGACAGGAAGGUGGAGAAGAAGAAAGAGCCCUCUGUGGAGGAGAAGCUGCAGAAGCUGCACAGUGAGAUCAAGUUCGCCCUGAAAGUCGACAGCCCGGACGUGAAGAGGUGCCUGAAUGCCCUGGAGGAGCUAGGGACCCUGCAGGUGACCUCGCAGAUCCUCCAGAAGAACACAGAUGUGGUGGCUACCUUGAAGAAGAUUCGCCGUUACAAAGCAAACAAGGACGUGAUGGAGAAGGCGGCGGAAGUCUACACCCGGCUCAAGUCGAGGGUCCUGGGCCCAAAGAUCGAGACGGUGCAGAAAGCAAACAAGGCCGGGACAGAGAAGGAGAAGGCCGAGGAGAAGCUGGCCGGGGAGGAGCUGGCCGGGGAGGAGGCCCCCCAGGAGAAGGCGGAGGACACACCCAGCACUGAUCUCUCCGCUCCAGUGAAUGGCGAAGCCUUGUCACAGAAGGGGGAGAGCGUGGAGGACAAGGAGCAUGAGGAGGGUCAGGACUCGGAGGAGGGGCCGAGAUGUGGCUCCUCUGAAGACCUGCACGACAGCCCGCGGGAGGGCCCUGACCUGGACAGGCCUGGGAGCAGCCGGCCGGAGCCCGAGAGGGCGCGGGGGGACUCGGAGGCCCUGGACGAGGAGAGCUGAGCCAAGGGCCCCAGCUCAGCCUGCCGCAGGCUGCCCGUCUCCUUCCCUGGCUGGCGGGAGAGCAGAGCGAGAACUGUGGGGAAGCGCCGUGCUGUUUGUAUUUGGUCCCUUGGGUUUUUUUUUCUGCCUAAUUUCUGUGAUUUCCAAGCACCAUGAAAUGAUGAUAAAGGGUUUUUUAAUGAAACAGAAA